AGGGAACAUGUUGCUACAAUUAUGACAAUGUAGGGCCAUAUUAUGAUGAUACAUCUGGAUCUGUAUGGAAGCUCCUCAACCUAAACCAAAAAAGUCAAAGAAUAAAAAGAAAAGGGUUAAACAAGAUGUCGCUGAGGAUGAACCAAGUACUUCAGUUGAUUAUCUUGAGACAGAAAAGGUUGUAAAUGACAUUGGAAACUUAAAAGAAGAAUUAUUAGCUGAGGAUGUAGCAUCUGAGGACUUAAUUAGUCCAGAAGAUGAUAUUACUGCUGAAGAAAUUGAAUGCGAGAGUUUAGAUGAUGAUUAUCCAGAGGUUGACAUUGAUGCUACAAUUUUAGUUGAAGAUGUCAUUCUGGCCUGUGAUACACCUCUUAAUAAUCUUGAUGUUGACUCUAUUAAAAGUGAAAGCUUUCUCACAAGAAGCCAACUUAAUGUAUUUGAUUGCCAUUUAGAAGAGAAUGAUGAGGGAUCAGCCAAGUAUAUUAAUCGAGAAACCUCCUGUGAUACUGCAGAGGUAAAUGAUGAAUUGCCAACAUCAAAUAUUGAACCUUCAAAUCAAGAAAGCACUGUGGAUAAUGUGGAAUGUAGCCCUGAAAUUGAGCAGCUCUAUCCAAGUCUUGAUGAUGAAUUUUACGAGAGUCUACAGAACAUUUCACUUAUGCGCAAUAGAUCAGUAUCACAGCAGUCUUGUCAUAACAGCAUAAAAGAUGAUUUAGAUACUCUUUCUAUGCAAAAUGCAGAAGCUCAGCUAGAUAACAUUGCUCCAUCAGCUAUUGAUGAUGUAGCUUAUGAUUCGGAUCUACGGUCUUUUGAGGUUGUUGAUGUCAUCAAUAAUGAAGCAUGUAUAGACAAUGUGAGCCUAGUUAGUGACAACCAAACUCUGCAUCACCUUUCAUUGCAAACUUUAGUAUAUGAUGAUCAAUAUGAACAGAAAUUACAAAGUUGCUAUCAAUCAAAGUGUGUAUCACCUUCACCAUCAAUGCCAACAUUUGAGGAAUUAAAUAAAGAAAUCCUGAUAAACGAACUAAAGUCGUAUUAUCAUAAUCCUCAAUUAGCCAAAAAUGAAGAAUUCAUUAUUGACUUUAUUGCUAUGUGCGAAAACCCCAGUCAUGAGCUCCAUCAUCUCCUAAGUAGAUAUCAAAAAGGUAGGCAGAAUUUUUUAGCUCACAGUGCAGUUAUUGAAAAUAACAUUUUAAGGUAUAACAAGUCAAGUGAAACUGUCUGGGCAUUUGUGAAGGAAAAGAAGGUUGAGACAGGGUACUGUGCAGAUCACAUGAAAGUUACAUUUACAGAGACUUGGAAUAAAGCUAUUUGCCACCCAGAAACAUUGAAAGACAUUGAGGACAGUCUUGUGAACAUCCAUGAGAGCUGUAGCGUUCCUUUAGCACUUUUGCAAUAUAAUUGGAAGAUAGCAUUCUAUCAUGUUGAACAGUUCAUGGUUAGACUUGUUGAAUCCUGCCCACCUCCAUACUCGAAUUAUGUCACAUCCUAUAUCCCAGGUGUAUCAAUUCCCUGGGAUCAUGUCAGUCAUACUGGUCAAAUAAGAACUUGCAUUUCGAUUCUCUUCCACUUCAAGCGCCAGAAGAUGCCAGAUGAAGUAUUUGCAAAAGAUAUUGAUAGAUGGUUGAAUAUCCUAGUUAGCAUGCUGUUGAGGGUGGCAACUUUAUUAGAUCACAGAUUCCUAUUGAAUCAUUUAUUGCGGUGUCCCACUGGUUUUUCAUUUUGGGGAGGUCAUUUCUUGCAGUUUGCUUGGGCUGAAAGCACUUACUCUGUUGAAAGCACCAUUGGAAACCCAAUUGUAGAUCAUUUUUUCUUGAUGUAUUUGACAUUACUGUUUCCUCUGGAAGAAAGAGACAAAAUGCUUGCAAACUAUGAGCCCCCCGUUCAAGACAGUGAUCCUUCUGAGUGGGCAAUACUUGAUGAACUUGGUGAGGUCGACUGUGAUGGCAAACAGCUUUUAGAACGUGACUACCUUGAGCUGCUUGGACAGUUUAACUUUGGAAUGUUUUACAGAGAACUGCUCAAGUAUCCUACACCUGAAGAAUUUUUCAAGAACAAACACAGCAUCAAUGAGCAAGAAAUGAUGACUCUGUUCAGUAUGUGUCUUCAGUGCAUAGCACAUAUCAGGGAAGCCUUUACUCAUCUCGACUUUACAAGAUACCGGAACUUUUGCCAGAGAAAUGCUAACAUAAUGACGACAUUUAUGAGAUUUGUUUCAGACUAUUAUCAUUUUUAUGACUUUUAUGGUGGAGUAUGGCCCAUUGCUGAUGCUGUGGACCAUAGCAAACUGCUCAAUGUUCACAAUCAUGUUAUCGAAGAAGGAUUUCGCUGCUUGGCUGAAACCAGUAAUGUCAGCUUAUGGCAGUUUUUGACAGACCUUCCUUACCAUCGAAUCUCGAUCAAAGUUCUUUGGAAGCUAUUUGGGUUUCUACACCAAGUUAAUCCUGAAAAGCACAUUAAAAGUUCAGUUUUGAGGGAAGGGUCACCCUAUGAAAUAGUUACAAAACUUUACAAAACAGCCAGAUUUCAACGGAGAUUGGAGUCCUUGUCUGAUGAAGAUUGUACUUUCAUGGUUAACGUAUUUUGCAAAAUGGCACUCAGCAGAGAAAUUGAUGACAACUUUGUAAAAGUAAUUGCGUUAGAUAUCUAUCACAUCGGAGUCACAUCAACUGUAGACAAACAAUCCACGGACCAUGCCUGUAAGAACUGUCUCAGUACCAUUAUCGACCACUGCCCCGAUGUCGUCUCCGUCAUCAUCAACAACAUAGACAAGCAAACACUGAAAGAUCUUCCCAACAACUUGAGAAUAUUCAGAGGAUUGUCUCUCCAGAACUGGCAUCCAUCAGAUGACGACUUCAACUUGCUGGUUACUUGGCUUCAAACCACUCCAAUAACUUCACUGACCAAUCAACUCAGCAGAGUCAUAAUUAAGGGGCUGAAUUGGGGAUCUCACAAGAACAAGCUGUUCCUACCGUGUGAAUAUCACAGAAAGAUGGCAGUAGACAUUGUUGCUGCUCAUUCUUAUCACCUCCCAGAUAGACCUGGUUAUCUGAUCCACUCAUCUUCACCUGACUUUGCUAAACAUGUCAGCAACUCAGAUAAGAACCAGUUUGUGUGUUGGUGUUGGGAGAUAUUACUGACUUUGUGUUUACACAAGACUGAUCUCUCUGAGCACGAUGGUUUAACUCUCAAAAUCAACAAACAGCAGCAGAGACAGCUAAGAAAACAGAGAAGUGAAAGUGCUGCAGUGUCAGCAGGUUCUGAUAGUUCGCCCACUAGUUCACGCAAUAAACUAGUGAAACAACAGAGCACUGCGUCUUCAGUAGCUUCUACUGCUACUGCUCCUGAUGAGGAGGUUGCAGUUGGGGGUUAUGUGGGAAAAUGGGGCAGGUUCCCUUACAAGAUGAGAAAGGAGGCGGGUUUGGUGGCUACAUUGUGUGAAGCUUUGAGAACAAACGGGGAGAUGGCAGCAUUUGUAGCUCUCUCAAUAACUACUAUCGGACAUACCAUUGUCGACUUUCAGGCUGAUGGGAUUCAGCUAAUGUUAUUGCUGCAGAGGAGCAGCGGAUACCACUACAGGGCUCUUUUACAGGUACUGAGUAACAUCCUGACAAUAUCAAUGAGGAGCAAGUGUCUACACCUGCUACUCCACCUGCCUGACUUCCUACCUCUGGUACAGAGCGUGGCUAAAGCGGAGUACAGUGGAGCUUUCACUGGUAGAGCAAGCAAACCUCUCUGUGGUUUCAUAGUAAGCAAGUUAUCAGCAGCCUACAACAGCAGUAUAAGCGAGGGUAAUCUCUGUAUGAAGUUCUGGACUGAUCUGUUCCUUGCUAUUCCCAACUUCCACUCUGACAUGUCCAUUGUGUCUGUACUAGACAAAGUGUGUAGUGUGGUGUUCUAUUACCAUGGUGACGAGGCCUUCUUGGUGGAGGAGUUGAGGGAGUAUCUUAACAAGUGUGUGGAGGCUUCUAAACGUAACUCUAGCAAGAUAUUAUCGAACCUAGUGUCGUGGUUCAGUAGUGUUGGAGACGUUUCCUCUCUCCUCCAACCCCUCUCUUCUCCUGGUGAGGUAUUCUGGUGGAGUUACUACGUCACUAAGAUGGAAUGUGCUUCUCAGAUAGACUCCGGAUUCUUCCAAACUCUUACUGAGGUGUUAUUCACACAUCCUGACGUUACGAUUGACAUCGCUUUUAGAAGAGCUCUGGCAGAGUUUGAGGAACUUUCUAGUCUUACCAUCGGAAAUAUUGUUAUCUACAGAUGGGGUUCCCUCCUACAAUCUGUAGCAAUGGAUCACCCUCUACUCCCCUACGUCUGGAGGGAAUUCUUUAAACUCUACUUCCAUCGUAUAACCCCUGAAACAGCUGGAGUCGGGUACCGGUACUACCAGGGGAUGUUCCAAGUGCGAGAGAUCAGAGCGAUGAAACAAAGACUGACCGACACCUCCCAGUUCUUUGAGUUAGACGACACGGAGGAAGACAUCACGGAGGACAUGCUGUUCCGUUCCAAGCUGUCUCACUUCUUCAUGUCUCUGUCUCUGUGGACGGAUGAGACACGUCUCCACGAGGCGAACUUGUUCGUACCCGGGCUUCCUCAGCAGUACAGUGGCAGCAAACUAGCUGACAUCCUACAGGGAAAUGACUCUCCAUGGGACGAUAUGGUUAAUUUUGGUCAGAUAGAGCAAGACAUUGGGAGCAGAGCAGCGGAGUGGACCAGGUACUCAGGAAGGAGGUAUAGUCCCAGACGCGGCUCCAAGCCUGAGGAAACAGCCACAUAUCUUGUUAGCUUACUGUACGGUUAUGUUAGUAAGAACAUGAGUGAAACAGCCCCACCUCCAGACCCUAUCCUGCUCCAGUCAAACAUUCCAAUCGGACCCGACCUAACCCAAUCUGAUUUGGACUAUAUGGCUCUACUCAGCGUCGUGGGACCCUAUUUUGGGAAGCUAAAACAGCACGCGGAGAGGUUCGUAGAGUUGACCAGUACUUUGAAAAGCUUGGACAAGGCUUAUAUUGAGGACAUUCCUAACAAAUUCUACAACAAGACCUCUGCUAAGGUGGAGCUAGUCACGUGUUACAGCAGGAUAGGAGCUCUGGGACGGUGUAGUGGUCCUGCUAUGAUACCUGUUAACUCAUGCCAGUAUAUUGAGAACACUGCUGUUCAAGAAAAUGUUGCAGAGAACAGAGGAACCUACGAAGAUACCCUGGAAAAGUGUAGAUUAGAACUAGAGGAUGACAUCUGUGUUACAGCCAUAUUUCUUGAGAGGAUAGUAUCAGAUCUGUACAAAUCAGCAGGGAACAACCAGGAACUGGGCCGGAAGUUGUUUUACCAUGUGGUUGAUCACCUCACCUCAGCUGUCUGGAAAUACCCGCCCUCUCAACAGAUAUUCGCUUUCAGUAUCGAUUGUCUGGGGCAGUUCUUCAUCAGGAACAAUCCCGAAGAAACUCUCUCUUUACUGAACUACAUUAUGAACAAGAAGGAGUUUGCUACGAGUUUAGCUCCUCUGUUCCAACCAAAUCAGGGGUUCCAAAACUUCGUCAACGUCUACAGUCAUGUCAUCAUAUCACUUUCUAGAUGUGACACCGAGAUCGGGUUCACAGUGCUCUCAAAGUUCGAUAUAAGGAGCUGGUUGACUACCCAACACGCCUCAACUGAUAACAGUAAAUUGUUACUAAAUGCUAUCUUCUCUGGGUUUGAUAUCUACACUUACAGUGGGGAGGAUACUACAUUCCUUAUGUUCUACGAUACCCUAAAACUUCACCUCAGGCAAGUUGUGACGAACAGGAUGUGUUCUCUUCUACAGUACACGAUAGAGAAAACUCUGGAGAUAUCUUCCAAACAUCCUCAUCACCAGCAGAUAUGGACUGAUAUUCUAGAGCUGCUGGAGACAGAGCACGCACAGGAGGUGUUGACUCUCAAUACAUGUCACAGGAUCCUCUACGAGCUCUCUAAAUACUUCCUACAAUUCAAGAAGAGUAUACUGACAGCAGUAGAACACGAUCUCUACACACACUGGAGCAAUUACACUGACAAUCUGAUAAAACUAUUCAGGGUUAUGUGCGCUGUUUACAUUAACAAAGCCAGUUAUUUAGGCUACCAACGAUCAAGACCCUCACAUCCGUUGAACCCGAAGAUUGCUUCUUUUCAAAUAAAGGGCGCAACAUCUAGAACCAGAACUUCCCCGACAGAAGAACAAGCAGCGUGUAUAUUCAUGAUAACCUGCACUGUGUUUGCUCCUUGGAUACUAGUAUACGAGGAGGCUUGUCUACCUUGGUCCGAGUCUCACACAGAGUCGGCGGGGGAGAUGUUGACCACGUUCACCUCAAUGUUAAAUCUAAUGAACGAGCUUAUCACUGACGUUACACCUCUUCUCAAUAGAUUCUGGUGGUACUACAUGGACAUACUAGGACAUCCCAUAGUCCCUGGCAGUAUUAUAGAAAUAUACUACGAGCAUUUCAAGACCCUGCCGUGGAACAAGUUUGUACCGACUCUGGAAAUACUACAUUCUCUAUUGAAGUGUGUGCGGAACAACAGGAAGAACAUCAGCUUCGUCAUAUUCGUCAUGACUCAGGUAAACUGGCAGACAGUGGUAGGUGAGCUGAAGAAAGAGUCCCACGCCUUUGACAUGCUGGUGGAUGUCCUGAUAACAUUCGCUCUGAACCAGGACAUAUUCCAGCAGUUCGGACAGGAGUUUACCGGACUCUUCCGGCAGUUCAAGUCUCUAGAUCUGAGUCUAGUCUCUGAUGAGGGGUUCAGCUCAAUAAUGUCCCGUAUAGACACAACAGUGCAGCGCAGCCAGUUCAUCCAGCCAGUUACCAGUACUGGUCACUUGAUACAGUUUAUGGGGGUGCUAUGUAGGUUUAGUCAACAGGGGGUGAGCUACGUUAAACAGAUCACAUACUUCCGUCACGUGGUCAAUAUCAUCACUAAGAUAUCUAACGCUCAGUACGCUGAAACGUUAGUACAAUCACUGUUGUACAACGUGGAGCAAGUAUUUUACACUGGCUGCACUGAACUUCACAUCUCAGAGUUGGGGGGAGAGUUAUUUAGGCUGUUCAAUACUACUCCUUGUGAUAUGAACACUCACUCUCUUGCAGUCAAGAAGAUAGAAUCAGCCCUGAAGAUGCACGGCAGUAUAAAAGAGGGUUUCUCUUUCUCUCAACUCAGCUUGUACUACUUAUCAGUCCUUACUUGUACUGUUCACAAUGUCAAGAUGCAGGCGGUGGUAUGCGAGGUCCUGAUAGAAAGCUACUUCACCCACUGUGAGAGUAGUUUCCCUGUGCUCAGCGUUAGCUGGACCACACUACAUGAACGGUUCCUGAUCUCUGACAUGACCUACGAUAACUUUAUAAACCACAGUGUUCAGGAGAGCUGUCCUCUUAAUAUCUACCUUUAUACUACCCACCUUCUUGCACUGUCGGAAGAUGUAGACGGUAGUUAUUCAGCUGUAGCCAUGUUGAUAGACUGUUCAUCUCGUAUACAACCCAAACCAAAAGAAGAACAAAAAAUGCUCCUACUUUGGUUUAAAAUAUUCGAGAUCAUGAUGUCGCUGCAUGAAAACGGCAUUCGGUCAUCAGCAAUUAGCUCUAUAAUAAAGCAACUGCCGACAACAAUGUUGAAGUUGGCCGAAGACAGAGAAACUGGCGGGCUUUUCACCAAUUGGUUUGGCAAGAAGUCAAAAUACAGUUUAGAAUUCAGACUGACUACUAGGAUUUUCGCCACAUAUGUUUUACAUCAGAUAAACAAGGACGGAUCGUUGCGGACAAACAGCUCGAGGCAUAACCUGACAAGUGAAGCUGGAAAAGCAAUGGAUAACAUCAGGACCUUAGUCAGCAACAAAGCUUAUGCUGCACAUAUCAGUACAUUGCAGCAUUGUAUUGGCAUGAUUCUAGAUUCUACGAAGACUUUCCUCAACACUAUCGAACUUCUACGCUUCCUGGCGGGUACCUUUUAUAGUGAUCAACCUUACUUAUCAGCUAUCAUGUUCACUCAAAGGAAACCUUUGUCGUGAGGAACUAUCUCGCUCUUUUUAAUUCCUCAACUCCAACUGACCCUUUUUGAUAGCACCAGAAAUUGAACAUGAGUCGUGAUUUUC